AUGCAUGACAUAUGCAUUUCAAACACCAGACAAGCUUUGCUUCAUUCUGGAUCUCAUGAAUGGUGGAGAUCUGCACUAUCAUCUCUCUCAGCACGGCGUCUUCACAGAACAAGAAAUGCUGUUCUAUGCAUCAGAAGUGGGGACAAGCUUUGCUUCAUUCUGGAUCUCAUGAAUGGUGGAGAUCUGCACUAUCAUCUCUCUCAGCAUGGCGUCUUCACAGAACAAGAAAUGCUGUUCUAUGCAUCAGAAGUUAUCCUGGGUCUCGAACAUAUGCAUAAUCGUUAUGUGGUUUACCGGGAUUUGAAGCCUGCCAACAUACUUUUGGAUGAGAAUGGUCAUGUUAGAGUGUCGGAUCUCGGUCUUGCUUGCGAUUAUUCGAAAAAGAAACCCCAUGCCAGCGUAGGAACUCAUGGUUACAUGGCACCGGAAGUGCUUGCAAAAGGAGUCGCUUACGAUUCCUCGGCUGACUGGUUCUCUCUCGGU